AUGUCGCGCGCGCUCGCGUUCGGCGUCGCCGUCGGCGGACGACCCGCGUCGCGCGCGAUCCGGACGCGACGCGCGACGCGCGGACGCGCGCCGAGAGCGCGAGAAACGCGCGCGAAGGUUGACCAAACGCUCAAUGAACGCGUCGCCAACUUGCAGCCGUCGAAGACGGUCGCGCUGACCGAUCUCGCGCGCGCGAUGCGCGACGCGGGCGAGGACGUCAUCGGUCUCGCCGCGGGCGAGCCGGAUUUCGCGACGCCGCGCGCGGUCGGCGACGCGGGGAAGGCGGCCAUCGACGCGGGGAAGACGAAGUACUCGCCGAACGACGGCGACGCGAAACUGCGAAACGCGAUCGCGCGAAAGCUCGAGGAAGAGAACGGAUUGACGUACGAUGGGAAAACGGAGAUCGUGCUGUCGAACGGGGCGAAACAGAGCGUGGCGCAGUGCGUGAUGGCGACGUGCGGACCGGGGGACGAGGUUCUGGUGCCGGCGCCGUAUUGGGUGAGUUAUCCGGAGAUGGUGCGGUUGUCGGGGGCGGAGAGCGUGAUCGUGCGGACGACGGCGGAUGAGGGAUUUUUGGUGACGCCGGAACAGCUUCGAAAGGCGAUCACGCCGCGGUCGAGGUUGUUGAUUUUGUGCUCUCCGAGUAACCCGAGCGGGGCGGUGUAUCCGAAGGAGACGCUGGAGGAGUUGGCGAAAAUCGUCGUCGAACAUCCGAGAUUGAUGGUGCUGAGCGAUGAGAUUUAUGAACACAUCGUGUACGCGCCCGCGGAGCAUCACUCGAUCGCGGCGAUGGAUGGGAUGUGGGAGCGCACGAUGGUGGUGAACGGGUUUUCCAAAUCCUUCGCCAUGACGGGAUGGCGUUUAGGAUACGUCGCCGCGCCCAAACACUUCGCGCGGGCGAUGAGUAUGAUUCAAUCUCAAAUCACGAGCGGGCCUAACUCAAUCUCUCAAGAGGCUGCGCUCGCGGCGUUGGAAUUAGGCUACAAGGGCGGCGAAGACGUCGCGGCGAUGGUGCGAGCGUUCGAGCAACGUCGCGACUUCGUCUCCGCACGCUUAAACGCCAUUCAAGGCGUCAAGCUCCCGAAAGUCGACGGAGCAUUCUACGUAUUCCCAGACGUCAGCGCCUUCUUCGGUGGGAACGCGUCGGCGGAAGGCUUCGGCCCCGUCGCGGACGUCGACGAGCUCUGCCGGUACAUUUUAGAAAAGGGCCAAGUCGCCCUCGUCCCCGGCAGCGCCUUCGGCGUCCCAGAGUGCCUGCGCAUCUCCUACGCCGCAUCAAACGCGACGCUCGAGGAAGCGCUCUCGCGCAUAGAGCGAUGCCUAUCGCUCGACGUCUUCACGCGAAACUCCCGGCGUUGA